AUGCCGGAGCAGAGCAAUGAUUACCGUGUUGUUGUAUUUGGUGCAGGCGGUGUUGGUAAAAGUUCGUUAGUGUUGAGAUUUGUUAAAGGUACCUUCAGGGAAUCAUAUAUUCCAACGAUUGAAGAUACUUAUAGACAAGUCAUAAGCAGCAACAAAACUAUAUGCACUCUUCAAAUAACUGAUACAACAGGGUCACACCAGUUUCCAGCAAUGCAAAGGUUAUCUAUUAGUAAGGGCCAUGCUUUCAUACUGGUGUAUUCAGUUAGCAGUCGGCAAUCAUUGGAGGAAUUGAAGCCAAUAUGGCAGACAAUAAAAGAGAUUAAAGGUGCCGAAUUACCAAAUAUACCUGUUAUGUUGGCCGGUAAUAAGUGUGACGAGACUCCCGAGAUAAGGGAAGUAUCGGCUGCCGAGGGUCAGGCUCAGGCUCAAAACUGGGGAGUGUCAUUCAUGGAAACUUCAGCCAAAACUAAUCACAAUGUGACACAGCUUUUCCAGGAGCUGCUUAACAUGGAAAAGAAUAGAAACGUGUCACUUCAAGUUGAUGGAAAGGGUAAGAAGAAAAAGGAUAAAGUUGUAAAAGAUGGUGGCGAACCGUCGGCUAGUGGUAGAGAGAAAUGCCUUGUCAUGUAA